AACCUACAGAUUUGCAAGCGCGCUACAUGAAAGCAAACGAUGAGGCGCUAUCGAAUUUGGAGCCGACCAGCUCGGAUAAAACGGACAAGAAUGAAGAACAACCUGUGGUGGACGAACCGCUAGAUAACAACCCGAAACCAACGCUAGACAUUGUAUCAGAUGCGAAUAUAGUUCAAGGAACAGUUCAGCCGAGUUUAGAACUUCCACCGACGUUACACGAACGAUUUAUGCGAAUCAAACAAAUAGUGAAAGAUGCCAUAGCUGCGCAUCACACGUUUAUGGUGUACGGAAGGGCGCGAGUGAUUCGCGAAUGCAUGUUAAGACGAGGAUGGUGCGAAAAGUUCUUCAAAAAGAAUACCAAUGGUGAACAACAUUUUAACGUGGAUGCAAGUCCUGUCGUAUUGUUGGCUGGUAUCGGCGAUUUAAGGGAUCAGCAAAGCGAGCGCCUAUUGAUCUCUAGAAUGCUCACUAAUCACACCGUGGAUUUUCUCUGGAACACAGGAUCGGAAUGGCCCGGUUGGCCAGCACAGGACAACAAAACGACGAUCUUUAACAGAUAUUGUCGGGCAGGAUUCACGUCGAAGGUGGGUUUAUGUUCAAACGUCAGACAAAUGCACUGGUAUUACGAGGCUGGAGUGGCGAACACACUUUUUCCACGUUGCUAUAAUUUAUGCCAAGGCGAUCAGAUGCACGCUUUCGUCGAAGACUUUCGAUUCACAGCAUGUCUAGGUCUGUUAAAAUGGUUAGUUAGUAAGAUCAACAACGAAGGUGAAAACGCAGUUAGAGCACCGACUGGCACGGUGCCCUUGAAGGCGUUAGAGUUCGCAAUUAAACGAUGCAGCGAUUACAUUAGCGCACAAUCGCACGAGGAUAUCGACCAAGAAAUCGAAAGGGUUUGGGUGCAUCAAUGGGAUCAGUUUAUCAGCUGGUACUAUCAGAUCGUUCAUGGUCACGCUCUCUUUGUUCGAAACAAUGUGCCAUUUCAAAAAUUCUUCUUGGCGUCGAAGCAUAUCCUGAAGAAGAUGAAGAAGUACUGGCCACAAAUCGAUAUGGACGGUGUGAUGAACGUGUGGAUCAUGAAACCGGGAAAUAAAAGCCGAGGUCGAGGAAUCGUUCUGCUGAAUAAACUGGAAGAUGUCAUGGCGAAGAUGAAUCCAUCGAAUAAAUCAGACACGCGCUAUGUCGUACAAAAAUACAUUGAACGGCCAUUACUCAUACACAGCACUAAAUUUGACAUCAGACAAUGGUUCGUCAUUACCUGCGCCCAGCCCCUAACUCUUUGGAUAUACAAGGAAAGUUACCUGCGAUUCUGCUCCCAGAAAUUCAGUUUGACGGACUUCCACGAGUCGAUUCAUCUGUGCAAUCACGCGAUCCAGUGCAAGUACACGAAUUGCGGCGAUAGAAAUGCUGCGUUGCCCUCGGACAAUAUGUGGGAUGCUACGACCUUCAAAGAGUUUCUCAAAUCUCAAGGACACGACAAAGCGUGGGACGAUAUAAUCUAUCCUGGGAUGAAGCAAGGCCUGGUUGGCUCUUUGUUAGCUAGUCAAGAAGCUAUGGACCGUCGAAAAAAUAGUUUCGAACUCUAUGGCGCUGAUUUUAUGGUUAUGGAUGACUUUUCCGUAUGGCUGAUCGAAAUCAAUAGUCAUCCUGACAUGAGUUACUCGAGCAAAGUUACGACACGCCUGUGCAGGCAAGUUCUCGAGGACACCAUAAAAGUGGUUAUAGAUUAUCGAGAAGAUAAAAACGUUGAUACAGGAGAGUUUGAGUUGGCUUACAAACAAAGGAUGCCAAGUUGUCAACCAUAUUUAGGCGCAGCUCUAUCUCUUCAAGGGACUAGAAUAACUACUUGUGGGAAGAAAGCUAAUUUAAAUAAUCAGGAAUCGAAAGUUAGUCUCGUUUCGAAGUCCCCGAUGACUUGUUUAACGAAGAAGAAAUCGACUGUGCACAAUCAAAUCGGUCCAGUGAUCGUAGAUUUGAUCGAAGAAUUAGAAAUACAGCUUGACCAAGAAUUUUACGCUUACUACAAAGUGGACUCGCCUAAGUUAAGGCAAGCUCUACCAACGAGUGCACCUCCAAAGCCCUUAAUAACUGCUGUGCUGAUCGAUAAGCAGGAAUCGACCGUGAAAAGUGCACCUGUGGUUGGCCCGGUACCUAACGUUAAGUCAAAAUUCCCUACAUCCGUUCAGGAAAAAAUUGGCAAUAAUCAGAAACAUAUGACGCGCAUGCCGAGAAAAUCGCACACUUUCGCUGGACCAGAUAGCAGUAAGACAGAAUCAUCUCCGAUAUCGCAGUCUUUGGUUACCAAGAUUAUGGCUUUUCAGAAACAAUCUACAAAAUUGGUUCCAAAAAUAGAAAAACCUUUGAAGUCAAACAAUGAUAAGACGGUGAUACGAGAUGCCAUUAAAAAGUACAAGAAGAAUACUCCUCAUCUGUCCACCAUAACUCGGGAAACACCAACGUUGCCGUCUCUUCUAACUACAAACAAAGUUGGUCAAGCAGUGAACGUGAAAAAUAAAAAUCGUAACGUCCCAAAAAAAUAUCCUCGUCAAAAGAAGAAUAAGAUUUUAUCAGACAUCACGGACAUGUACGCCGUUGGUUUAAGGUUAACUAAGUGAUUGAAAAUGUCUUUGUGAUCUGCACUCGUUACUCUUCCAUUGUUGAUCUAUCCUUAGAGUCUAUAUUUGAACGUAUAUUUGAACUGAACUGUAAAUGAUCAAUAAAAAACUAUACUACCGACCGUUAAGAUCUUCCGAUUUUUUACUCCCUGUAAGAAAAUACCGAAACAAAAUCAAAUCGACUUCUUCAAAUCGAAAAAAAACAUGAUUUGACAUUAAUUAACCAACAUCAAUGGCAACUUAAAAAAAAAUCAAAAUUAUUAAAGUGGAACAGUCAGACAAAUGGAGACCAUCGUUCUCCAAAGAUUCUCCUCUAAAUUCGAUGAUUAGCUGUAAAAAAAUUAAGCGAUAUACGUUCUUUUUGUCCAUACUUGUCACGUGGAAUGGAGUACGUCGACUCAUCUUGGAAUUCUGGAGGUACUGCAACC